AGGAAAAAACCCACGGACAGCUAAACGACGGCGUGCUUCUAAACUCAAACUCAAAUAGAAGAACCAAAAAUCACCGUGGAAAUAAAGCGGAAGAGAAUGGUUCAGGCAAAGAAGAAGAAGAUCCACAACAGCGACGAUGAAGAAGACGACACUUUCUACUACCGCUACUCCUCCGUCGCAGCACCUCCUCCUUCUCACCCCACAAAACCUUCUUCCUCCUCCUCCAAAUCAUCAGCUCCCACCGGAUCAGGCGGCUUAGCCCCUUCCAAAUCGACGCUCUACGUCUCGAACCUCGACUUCUCCCUAACCAACUCCGACAUCCACACGCUCUUCUCCACCUUCGGGAAACUCGCUCGGGUCACCGUUCUCAAGGACCGCGAGACCCGCCGGUCCCGCGGCGUGGCCUUCGUGCUCUACGUCUCGCGCGACGACGCGGCCAAAGCGGCGAGAUCCAUGGAAGGGAAGAUCCUCAACGGACGGAAGCUGACGGUUUCGAUCGCCGCCGAUAACGGGAGGGCGGCGGAGUUUAUCAAGAAGAGGGUGUACAAGGAUAAGUCUAGGUGUUACGAGUGUGGAGACGAAGGGCAUCUUUCGUACGAGUGUCCUAGGAAUCAGCUGGGGCCGAGGGAGAGACCGCCGCCGCCGAAGAAAAGGGGAAGGAGGAGGGAGGAGGAAAGAGAGGGUGAGGACUCGAGGGAUUGGUCGGGGCCGGCGUUGGCGGAGGAAGGGUUUGGUGAGGAUAAUUGGGCUUCUGUGGUGGAUAAUGAAGCUGGGGAGAGGCUGAGAAUGAGAGAAGCUGAGGAAGAAGAAGAGAGGAGGAAGAAGAGGAAGGAAGCUGCAGGGAAGAAAGUUAGCUACUUUAGUGAUGAGAGUGAUGAUGAAGAUUAGAUUAUGGAUGAUAGAUCCAUUUUGUGUUGUAUAUGCAAAUGUUUGAGGAGUCUGGAUCACUAGAGAAGUCAGGUUGAUGUGAUUUCAAUGUCAAAUUGGAAUCAAAUUCUGUAGUAAGUGUACUGGUGGGUGAUCUUUUAUUUUCUUUUUCUUUUAGAAUGGUGUUGUUCGUU